AUGGGGUUCUUUGAAACCAUGUUUGGCUUUGUGAAAAUUACAAAAAAUACAAAAGUAGAAGUGAUUUUGUUUGAAAGUAAUAUCCAAUAUAAAGAAAUAGCAGUCAAACUAGUAGAUACUAUAAUAAAUGAUCAAUAUAUAUUUUAUGGAAAUAGUGAAUUAGAGCUUGUAAAAAAAGAAAGUAAAACCAAUAGUGGAGAGAACCAGAUACCUAAAAUAAACAAUAAUUCUAUUGUAAGUAGAGAAAGGAUAUUUGAAAAUAAUAGUAAAGAGGAUCAGGUAUCUGAAAUAAUUGAGAUAUUAAGUGACGAAGAGGACAAAAUAUCUGAAAUAAUUGAGAUAUCAAGCAAUAAAGAAAACCAGGCACCUAAAAACGAACGGACACCUGAAAUAAUUGUACUAUUAAGUAUGAGAUAA